AUGACAUCAGUCUAUGCAGAAGUAAGCUCAGCCGGAAUGGCGCGUGUCUACCUGGGACGACUUCCUUUUCGUGCCCGCGAGAGCGAUAUUGAAAGGUUCUUUCAAGGCUAUGGAAGGAUCACCGAUAUCGCAAUGAAGCGAGGGUUUGCAUUCAUUGAGUUUGAAAGUAAAAGAGAUGCUGAAGAUGCUGUGGACGAGCUAAAUGGACGUUCCAUUUUGGGAGACAGGAGAUAUGUUCAAGGGUGCUCGUGGAGAUUGCUAAAGGUCGCCCGCAUGGAAGUGACGUUUACCGCUAUCGAUCACGUUCUCGUUCUCGUGACCGCAGACGUCGCAGCCGCUCUCGUUCUCGAAGCCGUGAUCGCAGCAGACGCAGCAGCAGCAGAAGGAGAGGACGUAGCCGUUCGCGCAGUCGCAGUGCUUCGCCGAAAAGAUCGCGUGGACGCCGUGACUCGAGCCGUUCUAGCCGCAGCAGAUCUCCAGAUAAGAAGCGUCGCUCAAGACGUAGCCGCUCUCCGAAACGCGACAAGCGUUCCCAGAACAGCUCUCCCGAGAAGACCUCAAGCAGAAGUCCAUCCCCGAAAAAAGCGAGAAGCGCAAGUAGAUCUGCUUCUCCUGAACCAAAGCGAGUCGAAUCUCCAUCGGAAAGAAAGAGCCGAAGCGCCACACCUAAAGAUGACAAGAGGGACUCUUCGCUCAGUCCAUCGCCGAAGAAGGCUAGGCGAACUCGAAGUUCUUCUAGGGAAAGCGCUGAUCGCAGUUUCUCCCCUCGUCGUGACAAGUCGAGAAGUGCUAGCCCUGCCGAAGAAAAGGUGA